AUGGCUUUCUACGAACCUGUAAGUCCCUACACAACAGCUUUAAAAGUUCAACCCUGUGGAAAAAGGCCUCACCAGGAAAUCACUGGAAACUCGGGGAAAGAAUAUCAGAAUGACGCUAGAUGUAAAAUGCCGGUGGCCGCAUUAUGUUCAAAACUCAUCAAGGGAGAGAUACUGAAAGGUUCUGUCGUUGUUGUAACCUCGCGGCCUGAUGAAUCGGAUAAGCUGGGAGGAAUCCGUUUUAAACGGUACGUAGAAAUUGUGGGAUUUUCUUCACAACAGGUUAAAGAAUACAUUGAAAAGUACUUCAAUGAAAACGAAAAUAUGAAGAGCGCUGUGCUUGAACAUGUCAUGAAGAAUGAGAACCUAGUCAGUUUUGCUCAUAUUCCUAUGCUCUGUUAUCUGUUGUGCUUCGAGAUGGAGUAUACUCUAAACGAAACAAGAAAUCCUCGUGACCUUCCUGUCUCAACAACCGACAUUUACACAAAACUUAUUGAUAUUUUCAAGAAAAGAAAUGCAGGCAGUAAAAAUCCUAAUUUGGGGUCAAAGAGACUUACAAGCGGAAUCUCGGAUCGAUUUAAUCUUUACUUUCGGUAUGCGCAGUCCUUUAGACGACGAGCAAUGCAGUAUUGCAGUAACCAGUUCUUCGCCAUUCUGAGAGCAAAGUGUCUGAGUGAGUAUCAAGACAAAGAAUUCGCUAAAACGUUUAUCAGGAAUCAUCCGCGAGCGUUCAGUAGUUCAGACGGUGUCAUGUAUUUUGAAGGUUUAUCAGAUAUAGACAGCAUUGCAUUAUCAUUUGUGUUGGACAUUAUCAGUGAACUAAAUAAAGAGGAAGCUGGUGAGGCACAACACAAAUGUUCUGAUAAGUUCGUCCCAGCUAAGGCAUUGUCACUUUUAACUUUCCACCUAACAAUGUCUGGAAUGCAACGAGUCUGUAAUUCACUGAUCAAUGAACACUCUGUUGUGUCUCAAUUGACUAUAGCGGGAUCAUUCGUAAGUGAUACCUGUGUUGCCAGUCUAUGUGAAGCUUUACAGCAUCCAAGCUGUAAGCUAACCACACUAGGUCUGUGGGAUAAUAACAUAUAUGAAACCGGUGUUGACAGUCUAUAUGAAGCUUUACAGCAUCCAAGCUGUCAGCUAACCACACUAAAUCUGUGGAUUGAUGACAUCAUUGCUAUCGGAUUUCCCAGUCUAUGUGAAGCUUUACAGCGUCCAAGCUGUAAGCUAACCACACUAAAUCUCAUGAGUGAUUGGAUGGUUAAUACCGAUGUUGCCAGUCUAUGUGAAGCUUUACAGCAUUCAAGCUGUAAGCUAACCACACUAGAUCUGAAGGGUAAUUGGAUCACUGAUACCGAUGUUGCCAGUCUGUGUGAGGCCUUACGGCAUUCAAGCUGUAAGCUAACCACACUCAAUCUGUCGGGUGGGAGGAUCGCUGAUACCGGUGUUGCCAGUCUAUGUGAAGCUUUACAGAAUUCAAGCUGUAAGCUAACCACACUAGAUCUGAGUGUUGUUGGGAUCACUGAUACCAGUGUUGCCAGUCUAUGUGAGGCUUUACAGCAUUUAAGCUGUAAGCUAACCACACUAGAUCUGAGUUUUAAUAGGAUCACUGAUACCGGUGUUGCCAGUCUAUGUGAAGCUUUACAGCAUUCAAGCUGUAAGCUAACCACACUAGAUCUGGGGAAUAAUGAGAUCACUGAUACCGGUGUUGCCAGUCUGUGUAAAGCUUUACAGCAUUCAAGCUGUAAGCUAACCACACUAGAUCUGAGUGGGGAUAAGAUCACUGAUACCGGUGUUGCCAGUCUGUGCGAAGCUUUACAGCAUCCAAGCUGUAAGCUAACCACACUAGAUCUGAGUUGUAAUUUUAAUAUCACUGAUACCGGUGUUGCCAGUCUAUGUGAAGCUUUACAGCAUUCAAGGUGUAAGCUAACCACACUAGAUCUGAGUAGUAUUGCGAUCACUGAUACCGGUGUUGCCAGUCUAUGUGAAGCUUUACAGCAUCCAAGCUGUAAGCUAACCACACUAAUUCUGAGUAGUUGUGGGAUCACUGAUACCGGUGUUGCCAGUCUAUGUGAAGCGUUACAGAAUCCAAGCUGUACGCUAACCAGACUGUAUGUUUAGUGUUAGUGCGUUAAAAAAAAAAAAA